CAACCAUUUCUUUCCAAUAACAUUUCGGAAUGGCGAUCACUCAGGAAGAUGAGAAGCACGUGUCGGCAGAGCACAGAGAAGCCUCCUCGGAUGGCGAUGCUGGCUUUCUCCAUACCGGUAAAGAGGCUACAGAGUUUGAGCAGAAUCUGACCUUGAGAGAUGCCUUGAAAUACUAUCCAUGGUCCAUUUUCUGGUCAAUCAUGUUUUCGGCCGCCAUCAUUAUGGAAGGCUACGACAUUGUCCUCAUCGGCAACUUGAUGGCCCAGCCAGCUUUCCAGAAGAGGUAUGGAGGAUGGUUCGGCGAAAAGCUGGGCUGGCAAAUCACUGGCCCGUGGCAGGUUGGCAUGGGAUGUGCCACAGGAAUAGGCACCAUCAUAGGUGCUUUCGCCAACGGAUGGUUGACCGAGAAGUUCGGAUACCGGAGGACAUUGCUCGUAGCCGUUACCUCAGUCGCCGGCUUCAUCUUUAUUACGUUCUUCGCCCAAAGCCUACCAAUGCUCAUGACCGGUCAAGUCCUCUGUGGACUUCCCUGGGGCGUUUUUGCAACCAUGGCGCCCGCAUAUGCAUCUGAAGUUUGCCCAAUCAAGCUCAGGGGAUAUCUGGCCAACUAUGUCUGCCUAUGCUGGGCGUUAGGACAACUUAUGGCGGCUGGUGUUCUCACGAGCUUCUCUUCGAACACAACCCAAUGGGCCUACCGUAUCCCUUUCGCGAUACAGUGGGUGUGGCCGAUUCCUCUUUUCCUAAUUCUGUGGUUUGCGCCUGAAUCUCCGUACUGGCUUGCCCGUAAAGGUCGCCUUGAGGAAGCCGAAAAUACGCUUCGGAGGCUUACCUCGAAGAACUUUCCGCUCGAUCACAGCAAGUUGCUCGCCAUGGUUGUACACACCAACCGCGUCGAGGACGAGAGCGGUACUGGAACAACCUACCUCGACUGCUUCAAAGGCACCAACCUCCGACGCACUGAGAUUGUCUGCUUCGUCUUCAUUGCCCAGAACACAACCGGCGUUACCAUUGGCGGUACUCCUACAUACUUCUUUGUGCAGGCUGGUGUCAGCGCCGCAGAGUCAUUCAAAUUCGCUACUGGGGCUCUAGGACUCGCCUCUGUCGGCGUCCUUAUCUCUUGGUAUUUAAUCACACGCUUUGGUCGCCGCACAUUGUAUGUAUGGUCGAGUCUUGCGCUCACCAUAUUGUUGUUGAUUAUUGGCGUCAUUGCAACGGUAUCACAGUCUCCUGGUGCGAGCUUCGCACAGGCUGGGAUGGUGUUGGCUUGGGAGGUCAUCUUCUACUCCACUAUUGGACCCGUCUGCUACGCCAUCAUCGGUGAAAUUCCCGCUGUCAGCGUCCGUUCCAAGUCCAUCUGUCUAUCUCGAAUCGCCUACUACAUCAGCCAGAUCAUUAAUAUGGUCUCGUAUCCGUACAUGAUCAACCCCACCGAGGGUGACUGGAAGGGCAAGGUCGGAUACUUCUAUGCGGGACUUGCAUUCCUCACUUUCUUGUGGGCUUUCUUCAGACUUCCAGAGACAAAGGACCGAUCCUUCGCCGAAAUCGACUAUCUUUUCACGAGCAAGGUCAGGACGCGACAGUUUUCGAAGACGAAAGUGGAUACGUUCGACCCUAUCGAAGAGCACCGUGUGCAGCCUUUGUCUAAAGAUGUCGAGCAGUAGAAGCUAUGCUUCGCCAAAUAGCAAUGGCUGUUAACGCUUACUGUGCAUAGAUACGGCAAAGGAGUGACUCGAAUGGGCACAAAUUGUCCGGUCAGGUUUAUUGGGAGAAUAUAGCGUGAUGCUCAUAUAGUCGCAAAGAAGUCUUUGUCUUGCUGAGCAUACCAAAAAAAUGUCUUCAGUGAUGCUGUCUUGUAGCCCAAGAUGUUCUAAUUAAACUGACUAUUGCUCUCCAAGCUACGGU